GGAAACAAGUUUAGACCGAGGAGGACCACACAAAAAUUGAAGUUUAUCGUUCACAAGUCUGUUCGUAUAAAUAUCCCUUCGAUCCUCUCUCUCUCCCUCUCUCGCAAACACCCACACCCCUCUUCUGAAGUUGGGAACUGAGGAUAAUUCAGGAAAAUAGUUGAGUGACAACAGAUGGGUAAAAGGAAGUCGAAGGCGAAGCCACCCCCAAAGAAGAGAAUGGAUAAGCUUGACACUGUUUUCAGCUGCCCCUUCUGUAACCAUGGAAGCAGUGUGGAAUGCCGUAUUGAUAUGAAGAACUUGAUCGGGGAGGCUUUAUGCAGGAUUUGCCAAGAGAACUUCAGCAUGACCGUGACAGCUUUAACCGAACCUAUAGACAUAUAUAGUGAAUGGAUCGAUGAAUGUGAACGGGUCAACAGUGUUGAAGAUGAUGUUGCUUAGAAGGGUUGUUCGGACCUUCAGAUGUUCUGGUUUUGUCGUCAUGGGGAAAACUAAAAAUAAAUGUUCUUCUUUAAGGCAGACUUUGAUGUAUAGAAAUGCUAGGCUUGUAUCCGUAUCAAUAUCAGCAUCUCUAAGGCUAUUUAUGGUAUGUGGUGCAAUAUGCCGAACGUUGCUGUCCUAGGGAGGGGAAUGGUUUGUAUUUGAAAUAUGUAUGCCUUUUCGCAAUUAAUAUAAAACAUGUAUUGAGUAUCA